CCUAAUGUGUGGUCAAGAAAAACUGCAAGUGGAGCAAAAUAUAUAGCCCACAAAGCAGUAACGCAAACACACACAAAGCUUCUGAUCUAACGAUGGCAUUGCUUCGCCAUCUGCUCCUCCUCUCCCUCUUGCUUCCUUUCUCCUCCUCUGACGAUUCCAUCGGCUAUUACUGCGACAAGAGCUUCAAUGGCGGCCAUAUCCAGGCGGACAUCAACGGCGUGCUGUCGGAUCUUGUUGCGAAGGCCUCCGUUGGAGGCUUUGCCACCUCGUCCAAUGGCAAAGGUGGCAGUGCAAUCUACGGCCUUGCACAAUGCAGAGGAGAUGUCAGCUCGGAGGACUGCUCGACGUGCCUCAAGGACGCCGCAAAGGCGCUCCCGGAGGCCUGUCCGAGCCAAGCCGACGCGCGGAUCUGGUAUGACUACUGCUUCCUUCGCUACGACGACGAGAAUUUCAUCGGGCAAUCCGACUCCGGCUACGCCAUCAUUCUCUACAACGUGGAGAACGCGACGGAUCCGGAUGCCUUCGACAAAAAGGUGGGCGAGGCGAUGAGGACGGCGAGGGCACAGGCGGUGGCGCCGGGAAGCGGAGGGCUGGGGAGGGUGAAGACCAAGUUCUCGCCCUACAUCACUAUCUACGGCCUGGCGCAGUGCACCCGCGACAUCCAGACGCUGGCGUGCGCCCAGUGCUUGUCGUCGGCCGUGGAGAACUUCGCUAACUACUGCGUCCACCGGAAGGGCUGCCGCGUGCUCUACAGCAGUUGCAUGGUGCGCUACGAGAUCUAUCCCUUCUUCUUCCCUGUUGACCCUGGCAGCAGCAGCAUGAGCAAAGUUGGCAGCUACUUCACGGCCAUCUUGUCACCAUAGGAGCCUCUAUUAAUGCUGUGCACUGAGGUGAACUAUGAAGCUGUGACCCUGCGCAUCAAUGUUUUUCUAUUAACUAAUAAAUGAAUAUAUAGCAUAUAUUAACUAUACAA